AUGCAAAUCCUCGCGCUAGCAAGCAUACUGCCCCGCGUUGAGAACAUAAAGAGCAGUGAUACACCCUUUUUUCACUUGUGCCUUUCAGGUGAACGACAGCCACUGACCGACAAGAACGAAACCGACCCGGGAAACUUGGGCAAAAGCCUCGAUCCUACACAGCAGCACUUCGUUCUCUUCGAACAUGCGACUGGAUUUGCACUUUUCCGUGUGAAGGAAUUUGAUGAAAUUACGCGUAAUUUCACAGCUCACGUCAAUGCUUUUAUCAAACCUGUUGGAUUUGUUCACUUCAAAUCGGUUAACGAGGCUGUAGAGAACGUUCAGGCGGUUGCAGAUGGGAAUGUUUCUCUUUUACUUCGCCAAUUUAUUCGAUCCAAUGUGCCGCCAAAGUCAAGUGUUUUGGGCGUUAGUGAGGAAUCACUUGGGAAGGCUAUCCUCGCACUGGAUUUCGGAUUUGAAUGUGUUUGGCACGAUGCAAUCCGUGAAAUACUCCGCGUGAUCCGUCUGAACUUUGCGCGAUUAGCAAAAUCGUUGCUGACACAACCAGGAGAUGCCCUCUCACUGGCUUUGGGUAGCACACGCAAGGCAACCACAUCAGGUCUGGAAGAAGUGUCCGCUGGUCGUGUUGCAGAGUCUCGUGCUCGUCUGGUUGUUGCUUUGGCACGCGCGAGAGCACAACUGAAUCUUCCACAGCACCUCGCCGACACAGCUGUGGUGCGGGCACUAACUCUGAUCGAUGAGUUGGAUGCAAACUUGGCACGAUCUGUCACUCGCCUGAGAGCGUCCUACACUGCUCAUUUUCCGGAAUUGUGUCAACCCUCGUUCAACAAUUGUCCUUACCUUGAGGACUUUGAUCUAAUCCGCCUGAUUGCUUCGUGUCCUUCCCGACCAGCGAUACUGGAGUCGAACGAUUUAGAAUCUUGCCUUUCUGACCCAACAUUGGUUACGAAGAUCAAGGAAGCUGCUCGUGAUUCAAUCGGAUGUGACCUACAAGAACCAGAUGCUGAGAAUUUGAAAAUUUUUGCAAGUAGACUCGACAGGAUGAUACAGAUGCGUCAACAGUACGCCGAUCUAUUGGCACGUCGUGUUAAAUCUUUGGUGCCGAAUUUAUUUGCACUGUUGGGAUCCACACUACCUCAGACAGCGUCGACCGGACCAAAUAGUUCCACUUCGACUACCAAGCUUGCAAACAGUUUAUCAGCGCCUCUGGUUGCCGCCCGUCUAAUUGCCAAUGCUGGGUCCGUGACCCGUCUGGCCAACAUGCCCACGUCACGUGUUCUUUCCUUGGGCGCAUCUAAAGCUCUUUUUAGAAAAAGUGGUGCAGUGGCUGCAGUGUCUACUGGAUUGCUUAGUACUGCUGCCAUGGACAAAUUAACUGCAGUAUCUGAUGAAACCACCCCUUCAAACGAACAGACCUCUCCUGGAAAGCCCAGUCACGCACUCACUUCAAGCGAGUUGAAAUAUGUGAGUGCUAAUCGUUUGCAACCGACUACGGUGCGGCGGCGUGCGGCUCGGUUACUGGCAUCCAAAUGUUCGUUAGCUUGUCGGGCUGACUGUUUCCGGUGUCAUAAUCCUGCCGAGCUGCACAUAGCCAAUGAUGGCAGCAGUGCGUGUCCUUCGGCCGAGUUUGAAGAUCCUCGUCUGACCAGUGGUCUUUACGGAACGGAACUCGGUCAUGAUGUGCGUCGACAACUGCGUGUGUGGGCUGAAACUAACGGAGUACACCCGGAGCGUACAGAAGAACAAAUUAAAAUACAGCGCGAACGACGAAAAAAGUACCGUAAGGUCAAACGAAAGGCCUGGCUUGUGCGCAAGCUUUCUUGCGCAGCCGGUGGUCACGCUGAUGGUCCUAAUACUGUCACCACGAUGGAUGGAUGUCCUAAGUUGGAACGAAUGGAUAUAGAUUCAGAUGAUUAUCUGGUUCCCGAAAGUCAAGUGAACGUAAAUAGCGGCAACCCAACGCCUUCUUUUCUAUCAGAAACUCGGAAUGCCCCUCCAGCGCCAAAAAGGAAAUCACACGCGGCAUGCAAAUCUUCAGUGAAUGCAAACAAAGCCUCUGGUCGCAUUAAAGCAAAGCGAGUUGUCUCUGUGAACGGGUGAUUUGAACACUUACUUUGUUCAAUGUAUAUAUUUCCAGAGUCUACUUGUACGAUGAGCGCUCAUUUUAUUGUUAUCCGG